CACUCGCCUAAGUCCUGGAGAUCAUCGGAGCGCAGCCGGCCAGGGGCCUGGCGCUCUCCCAGCCUUGGGGCCUGGGUCCCCGGACUCCUCCUCGGGGAGGGCCGCAGGACCGGCGCAUUGUGCGCGGCGCGGGGAACGGCCCUUGCCUCCACGGUCCCCUCCCCCGCUGCGCCGGCACCCGCAGCACACCUGGCCACCUUCCUGCCGGGUACCCCCCACCCCUGCGCUUCCCAGGGCACCUACGGCGCCCAGGUCCGCGUCCAGGCGGACAGGCCGACCUGCCUCUGUCCCGCCUCCGGCCGACGGGCACACGCCUGGGCAGAGCCGAACUUUCCGGAGCCGCCGCGCAGCGCCCCGCCUCCUGUCCCGGGGCGGUCUCGGUCGCCAGAGGAGCCAGGCCGGGGGCGGGGCGGGGACGGGGCGGGGACACGGCUGCCUCCAGCACGCCGUGCGCUGGGCGCUCAGAGCCUCGGGAGCGGCGGGAGCGCAGUUAGAGCCGAUCUCCCACGCCCCGAGGUUGCUCCUCUCCGAGGUCUCCCGCGGCCCAAGUUCUCCGCGCCCCGAGGUCUCCGCGGCCCGAGGUCUCCGCCCGCACCAUGCGGCUGGGCAGGAAGGCUAGACCAGCCUCACUGGCAUCCCUCGCUCCCCUUCAUCCUCACGACAGCAUCACUGUGUUUCUGGGGAUUUGUUACCGCGAGAGCUAGAGAGUGUCCUGGACUGCUCUUCCUGCUCUUCAGCAGCCUUCGAGCCGAUACUCAGGAGAAGGAAGUCAGAGCGAUGGUAGGCAGCGACGUGGAGCUCAGCUGCGCUUGCCCUGAAGGAAGCCGUUUUGAUUUAAAUGAUGUUUACGUAUAUUGGCAAACCAGUGAGUCGAAAACCGUGGUGACCUACCACAUCCCACAGAACAGCUCCUUGGAAAACGUGGACAGCCGCUACCGGAACCGAGCCCUGAUGUCACCGGCCGGCAUGCGGCGGGGUGACUUCUCCCUGCGCUUGUUCAACGUCACCCCCCAGGACGAGCAGAAGUUUCACUGCCUGGUGUUGAGCCAAUCCCUGGGAUUCCAGGAGGUUUUGAGCAUUGAGGUUACACUGCAUGUGGCAGCAAACUUCAGCGUGCCCGUCGUCAGCACCCCCCACAGCCCCUCCCAGGAUGAGCUCACCUUCACGUGUACAUCCAUAAAUGGCUACCCCAGGCCCAACGUGUACUGGAUCAAUAAGACGGACAACAGCCUGCUGGACCAGGCUCUGCAGAAUGACACCGUCUUCUUGAACACGCGGGGCCUGUAUGACGUGGUCAGCGUGCUGAGGAUCGCACGGACCCCCAGCGUGAACAUUGGCUGCUGCAUAGAGAACGUGCUUCUGCAGCAGAACCUGACUGUCGGCAGCCAGACAGGAAAUAACAUCGGAGAGAGAGACAAGAUCACAGAGAAUCCAGUCAGUACCGGCGAGAAAAACGCGGCCACAUGGAGCAUCCUGGCUGUCCUGUGCCUGCUUGUGGUCGUGGCGGUGGCCAUAGGCUGGGUGUGCAGGGACCGAUGCCUCCAACACAGCUAUGCAGGUGCCUGGGCUGUGAGUCCGGAGACAGAGCUCACUGGCCACGUUUGACCGGAGCUCACCGCCCAGAGCGUGGACAGGGCUUCCGUGAGACGCCACCAUGAGAGGCCAGGUGGCAGCUUGAGAAUGGACUCCCAGACUGCAGGGGAGCACUUGGGGCAGCCCCCAGAAGGACCACUGCUGGAUCCCAGGGAGAACCUGCUGGCGUUGGCUGUGAUCCUGGAAUGAGACCCUUUCAAAAGCGUCAUCCACACCAAAGGCAAAUGUCCCCAAGUGAGUGGGCUCCCCGCUGUCACUGCCAGUCACCCACAGGAAGGGACUGGUGAUGGGCUGUCUCUACCCGGAGCGUGCGGGAUUCAGCACCAGGCUCUUCCCAGUACCCCAGACCCACUGUGGGUCUUCCCGUGGGAUGCGGGAUCCUGAGACCGAAGGGUGUUUGGUUUAAAAAGAAGACUGGGCGUCCGCUCUUCCAGGACGGCCUCUGUGCUGCUGGGGUCACGCGAGGCUGUUUGCAGGGGACACGGUCACAGGAGCUCUUCUGCCCUGAACGCUCCCAACCUGCCUCCCGCCCGGAAGCCACAGGACCCACGCAUGUGUGUGCCCACAAGUGUAGUUAGCCGUCCACACCGAGGAGCCCCCGGAAGUCCCCGCUGGGCUUCAGUGUCCUCUGCCACAUUCCCUGGGAGGAACAAUGUCCCUCGGCUGUUCCGGUGAAAAGUUGAGCCACCUUUGGAAGACGCACGGGUGGAGUUUGCCAGAAGAAAGGCUGUGCCAGGGCCGUGUUUGGCUACAGGGGCUGCCGGGGCUCUUGGCUCUGCAGCGAGAAAGACACAGCCCAGCAGGGCUGGAGACGCCCAUGUCCAGCAGGCGCAGGCCUGGCAACACGGUCCCCAGAGUCCUGAGCAGCAGUUAGGUGCAUGGAGAGGGUAUCACCUGGUGGCCACAGUCCCCCUUCUCACCUCAGCAAUGAUCCCCAAAGUGAGAGGUGGCUCCCCCGGCCCCCACCACCCUCAGCAGCCCCACCCCACUCAACCCUGAGGGUCCCCAGGGUCCUGAUGAAGACCUCCGACCCCAGCGCCAGGCUCCUCGGAGCCCAACAGUCCCAAGGGAGCAGGAGACGGGGUGGCCCAGUGCUGAGGGGUACAGCCCUGGGCCCUGACCAGCCCCGGCACCUACCAUGCUGGUUCCCGGAAUGAAUCAGCUGCUGACUGUCUCCAGAAGGGCUGGAAAGGAUGCUGCCAGGUGACCCGAGGUGCACUCGCCCCAGGGAGAUGGAGUAGACAGCCUGGCCUGGCCCUUGGGACACAUUGUCUGCCCCGGGGCUAUGGGCAAAUGCCCCUCCUUCUUACUUCCCAGAAUCCCCUGACAUUCCCAGGGUCAGCCAGGACCUGUUACAGCCCUGGUCACUUGGAACUGACAGCUGUGUGAGGCCUGCACUUCUCAGACCCAGACUUAGAACAAAAGGAAGAGUGAGGACUCAUGGCUACAAUGAGGUUCCAGUACUUGUUACAAGAAAUUGGUUUUCUGCAAAAAAACUCCCUACCUGGGCCUUUAGGUGAAUGUGGGAUCCACUCCCGCUUUUAACAUGAAAGCAUUAGAUGUGUGGUGUUUAUAAAA